UAAUUAAAUAUGUCAAUAAUUUUACAUUAACUGAAUAAACUAUCAUAUUUGAUCAUCACUACAUUUACAUUCAUGUAAGAUAUGUAGUCUAUCUUUAAGGGCGCAUUCAAAAUAUUUACUUACUAGUUUCACCGCUAGAUGAUGUUCAAAGAAUUUCGAGCACUUGAAAUUAUAUCUACGGGAAUCUGUGUUUGCAGUAAUAUAAAUCUUCGUUUUUUAUAGAGAUAAAAUUUAAAUAAAAUUAGUGAAAUUGCUAUAAGUGAAAUAACGAUUCCAAUAAUUUUUAAGUGCGCAUUAUCUUAAUAAAUAUUUAACGUAUUCUAAUUAUACUUAUACUUAUUUAACAUAAUAUCAUUGAUACAAUUCUUGAUAGAUAUGACAAUAAAGAAGAAAACUUAUCAACGUCAAUCACGGCGUCUACUUCGAUCAAAAAUUGUUCCAAUAUUUUCAAUAAAUUACAUUUUGAAUUUUAAAUUAAUCAUAGACAUGAAAAUAAGAAAUAUAUAUUGAAUACACUAGUGUAUAAUAAGAUAUAAAAAAAAGUGCAAUCAAGUGCAUAAAGUAAACAAAGUGCAAACAGUUGAUUAUAAACAUCAGUUUUCAAUUGAGUGUUCUGUAAAGAAUAAUAAUGUUUCUUGAAAAUAAUAAUGCUCUCUUUUUAUAUAUCAAAGGUUACUCUCAUUUAAUGAAGUUUAUAAAAUAAUUUUUAAUCUAUUUACUUAUCUCAUUAUUGAGGCUUAAUUUGUGUAAGAAAUAAUUAUAAAUGAAAGUAUAUAAAAAUGACUUCUUUCAAAAUGAUAUAAUUAUAAAAUAAAAUUGUAAAUAUAAAAAACAUAAUGGACAUCAAUAGGUUAGUAAUAAUCAGUGUGGUAACGGAUGAGAAAGAACUAAAUAUAUCGUAUACAGUAGGAUGGUCAAUUGAAGAUCUUUGUAUAAAGAUAUGCAAAAUAUUUGGGAUAGGUCCUGUGGCAAGGCAUCUUUUUGCUUUACGGAAUCAUGCUACCAAACUUUGGUAUCCUGCAAAUUACAAAUUAGAAAAUAAGGAAAAAAGUAAAUUUGAUUUUCGUUUAAGAUUCAAACCAGCCAGUUUACAAACAUUAAAACGCAUAGACGAAAGAGCUUAUGAUUAUUAUUUUCAACAAGCUCGUUCUGAUGUAAUGGAAAAUAAAGUACCAGAUAUCGUUUAUGAAAGGCAUAAACGUGAAUUGAUUGGAUUAGGUGUUAGUGAUAUGUAUAGAGUGAUGCUUGAAAAACGUAUACCAAGAGAAAUUGUAGAAUCAGAGUACAAGAAAUAUAUUCCAAAGGAAUGUAUUAAACGUCAUGCUUUUUUUAUAAAAAAACCUAUACAUAAUGCACUUGGACGUAUUUCUGGACAUGAUGCUUCUUAUGUAAAAGAACAGUACCUGAAACAAUUUGAAUGCAUGGCACCGAAUUAUCCAUAUGAGGAAUAUAAAGCUUUAAUGGAUAAAGGUAUUCCAAAUCCUCCAUCUAAAGUAAUACUUAGGGUAAAUGUUGAUGAAGUAAAAUAUUGUGAAACGGAAUCUGGUGCUUGGAAUCAACUUUGUGCAAUAGAAGAUCUUUGUUUUAUUUCCAUAAGACAAGACAAUACUGUAGAAGUAUCAAGAAAAAAUGGAAUACCCUCGUAUUUAAAAUUUCCAACUAGUAAUCUUCUUAUGUCAUUUGUUUCUGCUUUGGAUGGCUACUAUCGUUUGGCUAUUAAAUGGACUUUUAAUUUGUGUAGAGAUGUCACUACACCAAGUUUAGAAAAGCUACAUAAGCUGAAAUGUCAUGGACCAGUUGGAAGGGAAUUUGCAUAUGGAAAACUUGAAGAAAAACGUGCCAAUCGUCCCGGAUCUUACAUACUCCGUGAAAGACAUUUUAUUUCUUCAUUUCAAGAUCCCGAAAGUCAACCAUAU